AUGCCCUUCACCGCUUCCGACAUCUGCAAGGUACGUCCCGCCCCCCUCGGUCGUCCCGUGGUCGAGCGACGAUCAUCAACACUAGCUUCGCGCUCGAUCGCUGACAUCGCGUUUGCCCUCUUGUACCUGCCCUUCCUCCUCUCCAGAUCAUCCUUGCCAUCUUCCUUCCUCCCUUGGGUGUAUUCCUCGAGCGGUGAGUGAGAUGGUGGGGCCGCUGUGGCGCUGCUCUCUCGAAUGCAAUCAGGAGCAUCGGCCGCUGAACACCUCGAACUGCGCUCCCCUUCCCUGGAAAUUUAUCUUUCAGAGGCUGCAACGCCGACUUUUGGAUCAACGUCAUCUUGACCAUCCUCGGUUAUAUCCCCGGUAUCGUCCACGCGCUAUACAUCAUUCUCAAGUGAGUGACGCACCUUUGGCUCGGGUUUCGAUUUGGCAGUUGAUGUGGACAUGCUUGAUUGUGUGGCCUUUGCAGGUACUAA